CAUACUUCCCUAGCUCGCUGUCAGUAUCACCCUUCGGGCAGCCUAUCCCUAAUUGGUGAGAAAUGCCACAGAAGCAGCAGCAGAAACCUAGCUUAGCCGCGUUACUGCGUCCCGCCGUAACUUACGGAAACGGAGCAACAACAACAACCUGCGUCCACGCGGCCGAAACUCCGUGGAACCCCACGCUGCGAGCGAGACCUCAGCUCAAGAUGGCGACGACUUGCAAUUGCAACGAACCAAACCACCUACAAAAGGGCUCCUCCCCUCCCACUUCGCAAGCACCGUCAACAACCAGAACCAGAGCAAGCCCCACGGGCCACGAUCCUGACAUCGACCGCUCCAUCUCCAUGGCGCUCAACUUCCUCCGACCAGGCGUCCCCGGGAUGCAGCCAGUCGGCGACCUCCACACAGCCAAGUCAGCGAUCUUGUUCGGGGUCAUCAACGGCCUCUUCUCGCCGCCCGUCCUGGAGCUCUGCCUCUGCACCGGUGGCCGCCGCCGCCGCAGCCCGUGCGGCGGCGACGACGACGACGACGCGGAGCAGCAGAUGUACUACCAGCUCGCAAACUUCGUGCUCGCCAUGCUCGGCGUCGCCCUCCUGUUCGUGGACAUGGCGCUCUCCUCGCGGGCGGUUAUUUUCGCCUCGCCGCUGUGGCCGGCCGUGGUCAGGUGGAUGGUGUGGCUCACGAAGGCCUUGACCUGCGGCACGCUCCAGUUUGGCGUCAACGUCGUGUAUUUCUGCCUCAGGAUGCUGUUGGCUAGGUUCAUGCUCGUUUCUGCCUAACUUCGUUCGCCAUUGUUUCCAAUAGCAAAAAAAGGGACGGACCUCUCACGUUAUUUUUCACACACAGUAACCUAAUUCAAUUCAAAAAAAAUUUCGCCUAUAUAAAGCUUGUGUACUCUUAAUAUUUUUUAUGGAGUUCUGAAAUCAGGUGUUCAAAUAAAUCCAUGGUAGUGAAGCGCAGUGUGUGAUCCUUUUCAUUAUUAUUCGAUUCGUGUGUGUUCACGAAUCACGAGCACGUACUGCUUGAUAAAAUACAGUUUAUCUUUCUGUGCAGUAAAAAAUGGCAAACCGAUCGAGAGGAAUAACUGUAGCAUUGAGCACCACAUUGUUAACGGUAACGGAAUUGAUAUGGUUAACGAGAUAGUGCCAGCCAGGUAUGUCCAAAUGUAUUCCCAUCAUCACAAGAGACGAGACUCGCUGAUAAAUUGUUGAGACCUCAGGUAAAACUGCUGAAAAUGAAAGGUGAUGGAUUACUUUGCAGUAUUCUGAAUACCAGGGCACUUGAAUCGUCACUAAGUCACCACGUAUUUAUUUUGAAUGUCCAGCGCUGCAGUUUAUUAUUCACCAAGCAGCUCGUGGUUCAACAUUAAAGCAGAAGGCCUAUCUUAUGUCGCCAUUGCCCGUUGUCAGGCAAAUGCAGGAGGAAGCAACCACUCUGAAGGAAAAGGCGGGAGGGCAAAGCAACUAACAUAAGAAGCCUACUGCGUACUGUCCAACUCAUGGCAGUCAUAUUCCUAGGCAACAUUGUUCACAUUACUUCUGCUCCGUGUUCAAGUUUAUGUACCUCCGACCUCAAAAAGAAAAGUUACUACCAUACCAGGGAUCGAGUCAGAUUUGCAACCAAAAUACCAGCCGUGUAGCUAGCUAGUAUGAUACAAGAACAUCAAUGUACUAUACGGGGAAUGGAUAGCAAGAGACAGAUUCUCCAUGUGAAGCACCGGAUCAGAUCAACCUGGGGUGCCUUUGUAUCUAGGAUGAGAUUGGCCAGAGGAUUGUCCCGCAGCGUCUGCAGGAAUGUAGGGAAUGUAGGAAGCAUGGCCAGCAUCCGAUCCCUUCUGCUUGUUUACAGGUUUA